AUGUCAUUCAACAGCCUGUCCACAUGCACUCUCGAUGACAAUGUCAGAGGAAACAUCCGCCAAGUCAUCGGCAAUUUUCUUAAACGUUGCGGCUUGGAAUAUGUGGACAUCGCAAUUGACGAAGCGUGGUACUCUGAAUGUUGUCAGGAGGCUAUUAAGCGCGACUUUCCUAUGGACGGAGAUCAUUCCAUCCGCGCGUACAUGGACAUUGGCGUGGCCAUGAUGUACACUUACGCCCAUCUUCCUGACCGUGAAACCAAGAUGUGGAUUUGCCUCUCAACCGCUGUCUUGAUCUGCAUCGAUGACAUCAUGGUCAGGGGAGACGACCUGGUGCAUUUGCGUCGUUUCAAUGAGCGGUUUGUGAACCAUCAGCCACAAGACGAUCCACUCAUGAAGGCGCUCGACUCGCUCUUGCGGGACGUGGCUCGCCAUUAUUCCCCACCUGUGUCAAAUCUGAUGGUCACGUCCUCACUCAACUCCUUGUCUUCCAUCUUGCUUGACAGCGAGACAAAAGACAUGCAGAUCUCGAAACAGACCCCCUUAUACCCCGAGUAUUGCAGGCGCCUGUCGGGCAUGUCAGAUUUAUUUGCAUUCUCCAUUUUCCCUUCCGUACUACCGCUUCGGGAAUACGUUCAAUGUCUACCAUACUUACACAUUGUUAUAAACCACACAAAUGAUAUACUAUCAUAUUACAAAGAGGAAAUUGACGGCGACACUGCAAACUAUGUGUCACUCAUGGCUUCUUCUCGUGGUCUCACCAAACAAGAUGUUCUGCAAGAAGUUGUCGAGACAACUGUGCAAGCACAUCACAACAUCCUCGAAUUCCUGAGACCACAUACUGAGGCCUAUGAAGCCUAUGUGAGUUUUUUCGACGGAUAUGUCAAAUCUCAUGCUGCCCUGAGAAGGUACAAAUUGGCGGAGAUCAUGUCAGAGGGCUCAUCUUCUUGA